GGCUGGCUCGCCCGCCCGCCCGCUCGCUCGCUCACUGCAGCACCGACGCCGGGCAGCGCCAUGGAGGAGCCGGCUCUGGCGCCCUCGCCGCCGCCGCCGCACAGUGCAGCCGCUGCGCGCCCUCACCGCCGCCGCCGCCCCUGACCUCCGGCCGGCCACACCAUGGCCUUGCCCGGCCCGCGGCCCGCCGGGGGCCCCCAGGCGGCCUUGCUGGUGCUCACGGGCUGGCUUUUGCUCUCUCCCCCGCUGGGCGCAGGCAAGAAGAGGCUGCACAUUGGGGCGCUCUUUCCCAUGACCGGCGGCUGGCCGGGGGGCCAAGCCUGCCUGCCCUCGGCCCAGAUGGCCCUCGAGGACGUCAACAGCCGCAGGGACAUCCUGCCCGACUACGAGCUGCGCCUCGACCACCGCGACAGCGAGUGUGAACCUGGAGUGGCCACCAAAUUCCUCUACGAGCUCCUCUACAAUGAUCCCAUCAAGAUCAUCCUUAUGCCAGGCUGCAGCAGUGUUUCCACCCUGGUGGCUGAGGCUGCGCGUAUGUGGAACCUCAUUGUGCUGUCGUACGGCUCCAGCUCUCCAGCCCUCUCCAACCGCCAGCGCUUCCCCACCUUCUUCCGGACGCACCCUUCGGCCACACUGCACAACCCUACGCGCGUGCAGCUCUUCAAGAAGUGGAGCUGGACCAAGAUCGCCACCAUUCAACAGACCACAGAGGUGUUCACCUCGACCUUGGAUGACCUGGAGGAGCGAGUCAAAGAGGCUGGCAUUGAGAUCACUUUCCGCCAAAGCUUCUUCUCUGACCCUGCUGUGCCUGUCAAGAAUCUUAAGCGCCAGGACGCUCGCAUCAUUGUUGGGCUCUUUUAUGAGACUGAGGCACGAAAGGUCUUCUGUGAGGUAUACAAGGAGCGCUUGUUUGGGAAGAAGUAUGUCUGGUUCCUGAUUGGCUGGUAUGCUGACAAUUGGUUCCGCAUCAAGGAUGCCAAUAUUAACUGCACAGAGGAGGAGAUGAGGGAGGCAGUGGAGGGGCACAUUACCACCGAGAUCGUCAUGCUGAACCCAGAGAACACCCGCAGCAUCUCCAAUAUGACAUCACAAGAAUUCAUUGAUAAGCUGACAAAGCGCGUGGAAAAAUCUCCAGAGGAGACAGGUGGCUUCCAGGAGGCUCCGCUAGCCUAUGAUGCCAUCUGGGCACUGGCUCUAGCACUCAACAAGACCUCGACUGAGCUGAUGAAAAAAGGGAUGCGUCUUGAAGACUUCAAUUACAAUAACCGGACCAUCACAGAUGAGAUCUACCGGGCCCUCAACUCUUCGGCCUUUGAGGGCGUCUCGGGGCAUGUGGUCUUUGAUGCCAGUGGCUCUCGGAUGGCCUGGACCCUCAUUGAACAGCUUCAGGAUGGCAUCUAUAAGAAGAUUGGGUAUUAUGACAGCACCAAGGAUAAUCUUUCCUGGUACAACAAUGAAAAAUGGAUUGGGGGUGUCCCACCAGCUGACUACACAAAGGUCAUCAUCACUUUCCGGUACCUCUCCCAGAAGCUCUUCAUUUCUGUUUCGGUGCUAUCCAGCGUGGGUAUCCUAUUGGCCAUCAUCUGUUUGGCCUUCAACAUCUACAAUGGGCAUGUCAGAUACAUCCAGAACUCACAGCCGUACCUCAACAACAUGACAGCUGUGGGUUGUGCACUGGCACAGGCGGCUGUCUUCCCACUCGGGCUGGAUGGCCUUCACAUCAGCAAGGACCUCUUCCCCUUUGUUUGCCAGGCUCGGCUUUGGCUCCUGGGAUUGGGUUUCAGCUUGGGCUAUGGCAGCAUGUUCACCAAGAUCUGGUGGGUGCAUACUGUUUUCACCAAGAAGGAAGAGAAGAAAGAACGGCGGAAGACUCUGGAACCCUGGAAGCUCUAUGCCACCGUUGGGUUGCUCGUUGGGCUCGACUUUGUCAUCUUGGCCAUCUGGCAAAUAGUCAGCCCGCUGAAGCGCACCACUGAGGAAUUCACCAAAGAGGAGCCCAAAAGUGAUAUUGACGUGCUGAUCCUGCCAAAGCUGGAGCACUGCAGUUCGGAAAAGAUGAACACUUGGCUGGGGAUCUUCUAUGGCUUCAAGGGGCUGCUUUUGCUUCUCGGCAUCUUCCUUGCCUAUGAGACGAAGGGUGUCUCCACUGAGAAAAUCAACGACCACCGAGCGGUGGGCAUGGCGAUCUACAAUGUGGCUGUGCUGUGUCUCAUCACUGCCCCUGUCACCAUGAUCCUGAGCAGUCAACAGGAUGCAGCCUUCGCCUUUGCCUCACUUGCCAUCGUCUUCUCCUCUUACAUCACCCUGGUUGUGCUCUUUGUGCCCAAGAUGCGGCGCCUCAUCACUCGGGGAGAGUGGCAGUCGGAGCAACAGGACACCAUGAAGACCGGCUCCUCCACCAACAACAACGAGGAAGAGAAGUCUCGGAUGCUGGAGAAGGAGAACCGCGAACUGGAGAGGAUCAUUGCUGAGAAGGAAGAGCGUGUCUCUGAGCUCCAGCAGCAGCUCAAAGAGCGGCAGCAGCUCCGUUCACGACGGCGCUCCUCCAACUGCGCUGCCGACAACCACUUCAACAACUCGGCCUCAGCGUCAGCAGCCACCGGCCCCAACCUCUACCAGCCCAGCCUGCCUCUCGUCCGCUGCCUCGUGGCCGAACAGGCAGACAAGCUGGGGCGCAACAACUGUGACGGCAGCCGCGUCCACCUGCUCUACAAGUGACAGUUUUCCUGGGCAAGCAAGACAAAGGGGGAGGGUGGGUGGUGCCUGCACAGCCGGGGUGGGGUGGGCAGAGGCUUGUGAAACUGGCGAGGAGGGACUUGUACAGUUGGCUGGGGAGUGAGUUUGGGGUUUUUUAGGGAAAAAAGAGAAAUCAUAAUCUCUGGUCUUUGUAAAAUAUCUUUGUGUCCGUCCACCUGCCUGCCCCUUGAACCUGGAAUCCAGGUGCCGAUUGUAUGGAGACAUAUUUUAGAAGUAGCAGAUUGCAGGGACCACCACCGCCUUCUCCUCCCCCUCCCUUCCCAGAUGCAUAUGCACACUUGAUGACUUUUCAAGUGUUCUUAUCUGGGAGGAAUAGCAGUUGGAAAAGCUAUUCAGGCAGAAGCAUUCUGCAGCUGUGUGCGUGUAUGCGCGCACAUACGUGUGUGUGUGAGAGAGAAAAAAUACAUCAAGAUGAUGAAGAAUUGCCUCCUGUGGUUUCUGUUCCUGGGCGCUUAUCUAGAUAACAGUUACUGGCUGCUACAGUUAAGACUGUUGCAAAAAGCCAUGCCAGUUCUGUGUACGGUUCAGCAGCAGCGUAGCAGUUGUACUGAGUUACUGACAGUCAUGCUGUCAGCCACAGUGGAAUCUUUUUCUCCUCGCUUACCACAGGCAUAUUGCUUCUCGGUGUAGCCUGGUUGUCUGGGACAGGUAGGCACCGAACCUCAGAAGUAGUCUGCCUGUAUAAACAGUAUUUAAAGGGAUCCGUUUACUCAUGGACCAAGCCAGCCUGUUGCACCAUCAUGUGCAACUUGGUCUAAGCACUUUUGUUUGAGGCUGUACCUUAUAACCUGAACCAGGUCCAUGCAGUUAGACUGUAGUGGGCUGAUUUUGUAUGUUUUGUCAUUGAAAUGGUCCAACUACUCCCCAUUCUGAUUGUCAUUGCUUGAAUUAGGAACCCAGAAACAAGCGCAUACACACACGUAUCCAUUCCCCAUCUGGUUAUGCUUAUAGCUGCACUGGACAAUACAAUCAGACCUCAGUUUUGACCACCCUUGAUGCUUGUGUGUACUAUCAUGAGAUGGUGUGCAACUACAACUAGGUCAUCUGCAUGUAAAAUUGAAGAGUGAUGCCCAGGAAUGAUAGAGAUGGGGCUUAAGUACAGUUAGUUAGCUUGUAGGGCAACAGAGGGUAAAGCAUACCUGUAUAUCAGUUGCAGAAUGCAAUGGUUAAAUGUGGACAAACAGGUUAUAUCUAGAGACUGUAAGGAAACCCAGCCAGGUUGCUUCCUUUUAAAGGGGGUGAUUAGCCCCAAAUGACAAGAGCACCUUGCUAGCUCCAUCGUAACAAAGUUCUUAGGAAAGCAUAAUUCCUAAGGAUAAUGGGUGGGCAGAGGCACCUUAAAUGAGUGGGCUGACUUGAAGCUGUUGCUACAGGAUUGUUGCCUGAUCUGCAACCUCUGCUUUUCCUUGGGGCAUUGGCCCUCCUGCAUUUGGACUUUGGGCCAUGGGGAAGGACCAUACUCGCCACUAAUGCCUUCAUCUCUCCUCUUCCCACUGAGUGGCAGAUGGUGGCUCCUUAUCAGUGGGAAAGUGGCAUCCAUCCUGGGUUUUAGUUCGAACUUUAAAGGAGCUCUCCACAACUCUGAAAGUUCAGACUAAAAACUGCCGUGGAUUCCACUGCUCCACUGACAUGGAGCCACCAGCUGCCACUGUUCCUCCCCUCCCAACAAGAGAUGUAGGAAUCUGGAACCAGUGACAGUGAGGGCUGGACAGGAUGCUGAUAAAUAUUAGGAAGACAAUGGUCAGUAGCUACCUUAUGACCAGCCCUGAGGUUGCCUUAGUCGCUUGCAUGUAUGUAUGUGUGCAUUGUGCACACAUGUCAGUACCAGUUUCUCCCCACACUUUUCUAUUUUGAGCACUUUAUUGUCCCAGCGGAUGUGAGGAGUAAUGGGUGCUGCCAAGGGUUGGAGGAGAAAGAAGGGGAGCCCAGGUGCCUGCCAAAUGUCCCCAUCCGGCGUACAGAUGUUCUUCAGUAAAAUAAUACAAUAUGA